UACCCCACCUGUCUCUCACCUUUGAUUCCAGUUGGUUUAGCAUAACUGGAAGGUCAGAAGUUGUUGACUUGGGCGCGCUGUCAGCUGCCGCUGCCUGAGCCGACUCUGCGCCGCCAGCUGCGAUGGAGGCCGCCGCCCAGUUAGUCAUCGAGAGCCGGGAGGUGGUCUACGUCCCCGAGGCUAUCGAGGCGAAAUACCAGUACCGGACGACACGUGUCAGCCGCGAGGGCGGCGUCCUCAAGGUACACCCCACGACCACCCGCUUCACCUUCCGGACCGCCCGGCAGGUGCUCCUGCUCGAGGUCAUGCUUGUCGGCUGGGGCGGGAACAACGGCUCCACGCUCACGGCCUCGGUGCUGGCCAACCGACUGCGUCUGUACUGGCCCACGCGCAGCAGCCGCAAGGAGGCCAACUACUACGGCUCGCUGACUCAGGUGGGCACCGUGAGCCUGGGCUUGGACGCCGAGGGCCAGGAGGUGUUCAUGCCCUUCAGUGCCCUGCUGCCCAUGGUGGGGCCCAACGACCUCGUGUUUGAUGGCUGGGACAUCUCGUCGCUGAACCUAGCCGAGGCGAUGCAGUGCGCAAAGGUGCAGGUUUGGGAGCUGCAGGAGCAACUGUGGCCGCACAUGGAAGCCCUGCGGCCUCGGCCUUCCGUCUACAUCCCUGAGUUCAUCACGGCCAACCAGAGGAUGCGCGCGGACAACCUCAUACCCGGCUGGCGCGCGCAGCAGCUGGAGCAGAUCCACAAGGGCAUCCGAGAUUUCCCCUCUAGGGCGGGACUGCACAAAGUCAUCGUGCUGUGGACGGCCAACACAGAGCGCUUCUGUGAGGUGGUUCCAGGCCUCAACGACACGGCCAAGAACCUGCUGCACACCAUUGAGCUUGGCCUGGAGGUGUCUCCCUCCACGCUUUUCGCCGUUGCCGGCAUCCUGGAGGGCUGUGCCUUCCUCAGUGGGUCCCCGCAGAACACCCUGGUGCCCGGAGCUCUUGAGCUCGCCUGUCAGCGCCGGGUUUUCAUGGGUGGAGAUGACUUCAAGUCUGGCCAGACCAAAGUCAAGUCCAUGCUCGUGGACUUCCUUAUCAGCUCUGGCCUCAAGACCAUGCCCAUCGUGAGUUACAAACACCUGGGCAACAACGACGGGCAGAACCUGUCGGCGCCAUUGCAGUUCCGCUCUAAGGAUGUGUCCAAGAGCAACGUGGUGGACUACAUGGUGCAGAGCAACCCAGUGCUCUAUACACCCGGCUAGGAGCCGGACCACUGGUAAGUGCCGUACGUGGGCGACAGCAAGCGUGAGCUGGCUGAGUAUACCUCGGAGCUAAUGCUGGGCGGGACCAACACACUGGUGCUGCACAACACGUGCGGGGACUCCCUGCUGGCCGCACCCAGCAUGCUAGACCUGGCGCUGCUGACAGAGCUGUGCCAGCGCGUGAGCUUCUGCACUGACGCCGACCCCGAGCUGCAGACGUUCCACCCCGUACUGUCCCUGCUCAGCUUCCUCUUCAAGGUGCCGGUGCCGCUUUUCCGCCAGUGCAGCUGCACCGAGAACAUCCUCAGGGCCCGCCUGGGGCUCCAGCCGCAGAACCACAUGCUCCUGGAGCGUAAGAUGGAGUGCCCAGGGCCCAGCCUCAAGCAAGUCGGGCCCCUGGCUGCCGCCUGCCCUGUGACAAACAAGAAAGGACCCGCUUCCACCAACGGCUGCACCGGUGAUGCCAAUGGGCACCCACAAGUGGAGGAAACCCAGAUGCCCACCACCUGAGGCCCCUGUCACACAGCUUCCCAGCCCUUCCUCCCCGCUGCCCCCCAGGACCCCACCUUUCCAGGCCGCCCUAAAGACAAUAAAGCCACUGCCACUCUCA